AUGGGAGCAUGUACAAUUAUCGGGGGGAUGUUCAGUACCGAUUCUUAUAGUACUGUUCGUGGAGUCGAUAAGCUAAUUCCUGUGGAUGUAUAUUUGUCGGGCUGUCCACCUAAACUAGAAGCAAUUAUAGAUGCUAUAAAAAAACUUCGUAAGAAAAUAUCUCGAGAAAUCUAUCCAGAUAGAACUAUGUCUCAGCGAGAGAAUUGUUCACCAGGUGGACUAAUAGCUAGUGUGUAUCAUCUUACUAGAAUAGAGUAUGGUACGGAUCAACCAGAAGAGGUAUGCACAAAAGUAUUUGCCCCGAGGAGGGAUCCUAGAAUUCUAUCUGUUUUUUGGGUUUGGGAAAGUGUGGAUUUUCAAGAACGGGAAUCCUUUGAUAUGUUAGGAAUCUCUUAUGAUAAUCAUCUCCGUUUGAAACGUAUAUUAAUGUCUGAGAGUUGGGUAGGAUGGCCUUUACGUAAGGAUUAUAUUGCUCCCAUUUUUUUAUGA